ACGUGCUGCAACCUGAUAAAUUGGAAAAGUUUUUUUGCAAAAUCAAAAUCACGACAUAAAUCAAGCCAAAAAAAAAAAAAAUUUUUUAAUUAAUAAAGAAAAAAAUUUCAACUAAUUUUUUUGUUCGUCUCCCCUCCAAUUGCCUGGCAAUAUAUCGUAAAUUGUUUUUGAAUAUAUGUCCUAUAUAUAGGUAUAUAUACUAUAUAUAGCAUUAUAUGUAUUAUAUAUCUGUGCAUCGUGUGUGUGUGCCGUGUAUCCAUUCGUGUGCAUUCCAUCCAUUAAUUUUAUAACUCAAUCUAUGCGAAAAAUAAAAAUCGAAAUCUAAACUUAAAUAAAAAAAAAAAACAAAAAAAAAAAUUAACCGCAACGCGCUGGCAAUGCGUUGAAAAUAAUAUUGAAUAUUAAUAUCAAUAACUACGCCAUUCAAUCAAAACACGAAACGAUAAAUCGAAUCAAUUUCAAUCGACAAAAAUGGCGGACAUCAUGCGUCCGCCGUACAGCGAGAUCAAGCGGCCCGACGAAAUUGUCAGAAUGACAACCGCCGACAAUCUUAAAUUCGCCGUCCUCAUCGGCCUCAUCGAGGUUGGGCAGGUCACCAACCGUGAGGUUGUGAAUACCGUACUGCAUUUGUUGGUCGGCGGUGAAUUCGAUAUGGAAUUGAAUUUUGUGAUACAGGAUGCGCAGAAUAUCAAACAUAUGCUGGAGCUCUUGGAUCAUUGUCCGCCCAAUUUGCAGGCGGAAAUCUGGAGUGUUUUCAUAGCGAUUCUGCGUAAGAGCGUCCGCAAUCUGCAGGCCUGCACAGAUGUUGGCCUCAUCGAGCAUGUACUCGUCCGUCUGCAGCGCUCCGAAACGGUUGUGGCAGAUCUGCUCAUCGAGAUGCUGGGCGUUUUGGCCAGCUAUAGCAUAACGGUCAAGGAGCUGAAGCUGCUCUUUGGCACGAUGAAGGCAACGAAUGGCAAGUGGCCGCGGCACUCGGCCAAAUUGUUGAAUGUCCUGCGCCAAAUGCCGCAUCGCAACGGGCCCGAUGUGUUCUUUAGCUUUCCGGGCCGCAAGGGAUCGGCCAUGGUCCUGCCACCGCUGGCCAAAUGGCCGUAUGAGAAUGGAUUUACCUUUACCACAUGGUUUCGCCUGGAUCCCAUCAACUCGGUGAACAUUGAGCGCGAGAAGCCCUACCUUUAUUGCUUCAAGACCUCUAAGGGCGUGGGCUACACGGCGCACUUUGUGGGCAAUUGUCUGGUGCUCACGUCCAUGAAGGUGAAGGGCAAGGGCUUUCAGCAUUGUGUCAAAUAUGAAUUCCAGCCGCGAAAGUGGUAUAUGAUUGCCAUUGUGUAUAUAUACAAUCGUUGGACGAAAAGCGAAAUCAAGUGCCUCGUUAAUGGACAGCUGGCCUCUUCGACCGAAAUGGCCUGGUUUGUUUCCACAAACGAUCCUUUUGACAAGUGCUACAUUGGCGCCACACCGGAGCUGGAUGAGGAGCGUGUCUUUUGUGGGCAAAUGUCGGCUAUUUAUCUGUUCAGCGAGGCGCUGACCACACAACAGAUCUGUGCCAUGCAUCGCCUGGGGCCGGGAUAUAAGUCGCAAUUCCGCUUCGAUAACGAAUGCUAUCUGAAUCUGCCGGACAAUCACAAGCGGGUGAGUCACUUUCAACUGUUGCCAGCCACAUCGCUGAUGGUGGCAGGGGGACUGGGCGUCGGCGGCGGUAGUGGGAGCGGCGGCAGUGGAGCGGGCGGCAGUGGCAGUGUCACCGAUGCCGCUGCGGCAGCAGCCAGUGGCCAACAGCAGCUGCAGCUGCAAUUCCAGACUCUGGCCGCCGAGCAGGAGGCUCGGGCCAUUGACUGGGCAGACGAGCGGCUCGAUCUGAAUGCCGCGUUCGUCAAGAUUCGGGCUGUGCUUACCGCACGCAAUGCCGUGACCCUGGCCGCGCUACCAGGCGCAGGAGCAGCAGCAGCAGUAGAGCAGGAGCCACAGCUGCAACAGGCCACUGCUUCCGGCGUUGGAGGAGGAGCAGCAGCAACAGCCAACGAAGGCGGCAGCAACAGCCACGUGGGUGAUCCACAGCAGCAGCAGCUGGGCCAAAGCCCAAUCCCAAUCCCGGGCGGCACUGCGGACGAUCCGCUCGGCCAUUUGCCCACUGGAAAUGCUUCUUUUGACCAACUGCGUCGCAUGUCAAGCAGCGUGAGCAGCCUCAACUCCGGCCUGACAGCGGGCGGGGCCGACACCGAGGAGAUCAACCAGCUGAAAGCUGUGCUGUAUGAUGGCAAACUAUCGAAUGCCAUUGUCUUCAUGUACAAUCCAGUGGCCACCGAUGGCCAGCUCUGUUUGCAGUCAUCCCCCAAGGGAAAUGUAUCAUAUUUUGUUCACACGCCGCAUGCGCUGAUGCUGCAGGAUGUUAAGGCGGUGGUCACGCACUCGAUACACUGCACCCUAAACUCGAUUGGCGGCAUCCAGGUGCUGUUCCCGCUGUUCUCGCAGCUGGACAUGGCCCACGAGGGCAUUGGGGACAUCAAGCGUGAUCCCUCCCUUUGUUCGAAGCUGCUGGGUUUCAUCUGCGAACUGGUGGAGACAUCGCAGACGGUGCAGCAGCAUAUGAUCCAGAACCGAGGCUUCCUGGUCAUCUCGUUCAUGCUGCAGCGCUCCUCCCGCGAGCAUCUGACGCUGGAGGUGCUUGGCUCGUUCCUCAAUCUGACCAAAUAUCUGGUCACGUGCCUUUCGGCCAACAGCGAUCUGCUGCUCAAACAGUUGUUCUGUUUCUCGUUUCUCACGUGGCAGCUGCUCGACCACGUGCUGUUCAAUCCAGCGCUGUGGAUCUACACGCCGGCGAAUGUGCAGGCCCGUCUGUACUCCUACCUGGCCACCGAGUUCCUCAGCGAUACUCAGAUCUACAGCAAUGUGCGACGCGUGAGCACCGUACUGCAGACAGUGCACACCCUCAAGUACUACUACUGGGUGGUGAAUCCACGUGCCAAGAGCGGCAUCAUACCCAAGGGUUUAGAUGGACCGCGUCCCGCGCAGAAGGAUAUACUGGCCAUACGCGCCUACAUCCUGCUGUUCCUCAAGCAACUGAUAAUGAUCGGCAAUGGCGUCAAGGAGGAUGAACUGCAGAGCAUACUCAACUAUUUGACCACCAUGCAUGAGGAUGAGAACCUGCACGAUGUGCUGCAGAUGCUCAUCUCAUUGAUGUCGGAGCAUCCCAGCUCCAUGGUACCUGCCUUCGAUGUGAAGCACGGCGUGCGCAGCAUCUUCAAGCUGCUGGCGGCCGAAAGUCAAUUGAUUCGCCUGCAGGCCCUCAAGCUGCUCGGCUUCUUCCUCUCGCGCAGCACACACAAGCGCAAGUACGAUGUGAUGUCGCCCCACAAUCUCUAUACGCUGCUGGCCGAACGGCUGCUGCUCUACGAGGAGUCACUGUCGCUGCCCACCUACAAUGUCCUCUACGAGAUCAUGACGGAGCAUAUAUCGCAGCAGAUACUGUACACGCGCCACCCCGAGCCAGAGAGCCACUAUCGCCUGGAGAAUCCAAUGAUACUCAAGGUGGUGGCCACGCUGAUACGUCAGUCCAAGCAGACCGAGUCGCUGAUCGAUGUGAAGAAGCUCUUUCUGCAGGACAUGACGCUGCUGUGCAACAGCAAUCGCGAGAAUCGUCGCACGGUUCUGCAGAUGUCCGUGUGGCAGGAGUGGCUCAUCGCGAUGGCCUACAUCCAUCCGAAGAACAGCGAGGAGCAGAAGAUCAGCGACAUGGUAUACUCGCUCUUCCGCAUGCUCCUGCACCAUGCGAUCAAGCACGAGUAUGGCGGCUGGCGCGUCUGGGUGGACACUUUGGCCAUCGUCCACUCGAAGGUCUCCUACGAGGAGUUCAAGCUGCAGUUCGCCCAGAUGUACGAGCACUAUGAGCGCCAGCGCACGGACAACAUCACGGAUCCCGCUCUGCGCCAGGCCCGGCCCAUCAGCACGAUCAGCGGCUGGGAGCGCGAGGAGCUGCAGCAGCAGCAGAACGGAGUGGCAGGCGGAGCUGCUACAGCUGCCAUUCAGGGCCAGGCCCAGGUGCCGGCUGUCAAGGGAGCCGUGUCUAUUGCCUCGCUCGAGGAUGUGGCCGCCGCCGUCGAGGAGGAGGACGAGAUGGAGGAGGAGACCGUCGAGGAGCUGGAGAGCUUUGAGCUGCCUGUCGAUGGCGAAGCAGAACAGUGCCCUCCCAGCACCAAGUCGGUCAUUGCCAAUAUUUCCGAUGUGUACAACGAGCAAAUCAAAACGGACGAAGCGCUCCAGGCCACGGCCACGGCCACGUCCACUCUGGCGACGGCGCCCACCUGCAAUGGCAGCCUCGAGUCGGAACAGGAUGCGGACCAGCUGCAGGUGCAGGUGCAGGUCCAGGAGCUGGAUAAGCCACAGUCAGAGCUGGAGUCCACGGCCACGCCUGCAAAGGGUGGCCAGGCUGCGCUCAGGGAAGCCCUGCAGCUGGGCGAUGACAUGGAUGUGGAGGAGCUGGAGCUGGCCACGGCCAAGGAUGCCCUCGAUGUGGAGCAGCAUGUGGCGCAUGUGCUGCAGACGUCGGAGGCGGCGCUCAACGACUGCAAGCUGGUCAUGGACGAUGUCCUGCAGGAGGCCUCCUCAGUGCUGAAAGAUGAGGAAAUUGAGCUGGCCGUCAAUGAGGUGGUUCAGGGUGUUCUCAACAACGAGAAGAAGUCCCAGGAGCAGCAGCAGCAGCAGCAGAAGCAGCAGGAGCAGCAGCAGCAGGAGCAACCGCAGGAUAAUGUCAGUCUGCUGAAUAGCAAGAAUCUGCUCAACAACAAUUACAACAACAACAACAAUCCCAGUCUCAGUCCCAGCGAAGAGGUGACCACCAGAGCCGCAGCGGAUGGAGAGGCGGAUGGGGAGGCAGAGACGGAGACGGAAGUCAAUGCCAACGAGAUCAGCACAGCCACAGCCACAGCGAAAGCGGAAACGGAAACGGGAACUGCGACAAAAACGGAAGUGGCAGCCAGUCCGAGCCCCACACUAGAAGUAACCAAUCAAAAGACUGAAGAAGCAGCCAACAAGCUGAACAAUAACGAGAAAGUCGAGCAGCCCGAGAGCAGCCAGGAGAGCAUCUCCACGCCCGAGAUCAGCCUCAGUCCGGACCAGUCCACACCAGAGCCGGAAAUCGAGGAGAAUCUCCUGCUGCUGCAGCUGGCUGAACCCGAGGUGGAGUCUGAGCCUGAGCGGCAGGCACAGACCACAGCGGACGUGCCAAGUGAGGAUCCGGUGGAGCUGGCAGUGCGCGAUAUUGUGGAGCAGCUGAUCGAGAAGGUGAUCGACGCCACAGAAGCAGCGGAGACAGACGCUCCAGCCAAAACCAAAACCAAAACCGAGACGGAGACCAACAACAACGAGCUGCCCGGCGCCAAGGAAGCGGCAGCGGCAGCGGCAGCGGAAACGCUGGAUUCAGCCGAAAGUGUGGCAGCCGCAGCCGAAGAGAUUGUCCACGAGGUGGUCGAAGCUGCGCUCUUCCUGGCCCAGGAAACUAAGCAGGCAGUCGAAGAAGAACCAGAAAAGACACCCGAAACGGAAGCUGAAACAGAAGCGGAAACGGAAACGAAGGAACAUGUGACGGCCAUUGUCAGUGAGGUGCUGGACACGCUGGUCGAGGAGACCGUGCGGGCGGUGGGCGAGACCGUCGUCAGCGUCAACAAGGUGGAGGCCUCGGAGCAGACGACCCAAACCUCGCCGGCACCGCCGGAGGAGCAGCCCGAGGAGCAGCAGCCGCCAGCUACAGUGGCACCCACACCCAAGCGGGUCAAGCCCAUGGAGGUGGACUCGACCACACAGACAACGCCAAAGAAUGAGGCUGGUGUCGGAGCCAACGCUUCGCUGUUGGCCCAGGACGAAGUGCAGCUGCAUGAGGAGGAAUCCCAGACGGGAGAACCAGUGGAGGACUGUGAGGAGCCGUCGUCGGGCAUCGAAGGAAAUGCGCAGCUCGAAUCCAGUCACUAUGCGAAUCCAGCCAGUGGAGAGGCAAAGCAGCAGCAGCAGCAAUCGCAGCAGCAGCCACGCUCCAAGUCCGGCUCGACGCGUCCCAUGUUCAGUCCGGGACCGACGCGUCCGCCCUUCCGCAUACCGGAAUUCAAGUGGUCGUACAUCCACCAGCGGCUGCUCAGCGACGUGCUCUUCUCGCUGGAAACGGACAUUCAGGUGUGGCGCAGCCACUCCACCAAGAGUGUCCUCGACUUUGUCAACUCCAGUGAGAAUGCCAUCUUCGUGGUGAACACGGUGCAUCUGAUCUCCCAGCUGGCCGACAAUCUGAUCAUCGCCUGCGGUGGCCUGUUGCCGCUGUUAGCCAGUGCCACAUCCCCGAAUUCGGAACUGGAUGUGCUGGAGCCGACACAGGGCAUGCCCCUGGAGGUGGCCGUGUCCUUCUUGCAGCGUCUGGUGAACAUGGCCGAUGUCCUGAUCUUUGCCACCUCGCUUAACUUUGGCGAACUGGAGGCCGAGAAGAACAUGUCCAGCGGCGGUAUACUGCGCCAGUGUCUGCGCCUCGUCUGCACCUGUGCCGUGCGCAACUGCCUCGAGUGCAAGGAGCGCACCCGCUAUAAUGUGGGUGCCCUCGCACGGGAUGUGCCCGGUGCGGCGCAUCUGCAGGCCCUCAUUCGCGGCGCCCAGGCAUCGCCAAAGAACAUUGUGGAGUCAAUCACCGGUCAAUUAUCGCCCGUCAAGGAUCCCGAGAAGCUGUUGCAAGACAUGGACGUGAAUCGCUUGAGGGCUGUCAUCUAUCGUGAUGUGGAGGAGACAAAGCAAGCCCAGUUCCUUUCCCUGGCCAUUGUCUACUUCAUCUCCGUGCUGAUGGUGUCCAAGUACCGUGACAUUCUGGAGCCACCAGCAGAGCCACAGAUCCAGCGCCAGUCGCCGGUGCUGCAGCGCACCUCUGGAGGCGAAGCGGCCAGUGCGCGUCCUCUGUUCCCCCAAUGGUCGCACCAUGUCUACCCGCAAUUCCUGCCCGAAUCGCAUCAGAAUCAUGUAGCUGCCGCCUCCUCCAUGCAACACCAGCAGCAACAGCAGCAGCAACAGCAACAACAGCAACACUACUACCACCAGCAGCAGCAACAGCAGCAACAGACAUCCCAUAACCAUAGCCACCAUCAUACGAGUAUGACGGCUGCCUACUACCAGCAGCAACAGCAGCAGGCAGCAGCAACACAACAGCAACAGCAACAACAGCAGCAGCAGCACCAACAGCAGCAACAGCUUGGUGGCAACAUCUCACCCACACCCUUGGCCACGCACUCGAGCAGCUCGUCAGCAAGCUCGACGGCCACCUCGCAGCCGGCGUCAAGCUCCUCGCUCUCCUCGCUGGCCUCUCAAAGCCAUCAGCAGACGCACCGGCAGCUCCACAAGCAGCAGCAGCAACAUUACCAUCCCCACCAGCAACAGUCCCAUUAUGGACUGAUCAAUGGUCACCAGCAGCAGCAGCAGCAGCAAUUGAAUGGGAAGCUUUAUGGGGAGAAUGGAUCCACAGCUGGCUAUCAUCCGCAUACCCAUCCCCAUCCACAUCCGCAUUCGCAUGCUUACGGCAUGCGCAACGGAGAGACUGUCACACAGCAGAAUGGAUUGGCGGAGUACCAGAUGCCUGGAGGAGCUGCAGCUGCAGCUGGAGGAGGUCUGGUGAAUGGCCAUGCCACGGGUGGUGGCAACAACAAUAAUGCCAACAUGAUGAACAACAUGCGCAAUCUGAGAAACGGUCACAGUGCUGCUGCCACACCAUCUGCUGUUGGAGCUGUGGCUGGGGCUGGGGCAGCAUCUGGAGCUGGAGGCGGCAUGAGUAACAUGAACAUGAAUAUGGGCAUGGGCAUGGGAAUGGGAAUGGGCAUGGGCAUGGGAGGAGAUGGUGGUGUUGGCGUAGGCAUAGGCGGAGGCGUGGCGUACAAGACAAACGCCAUGAACAAUAAUUAUCGCUACAAUGGACAACGCACCGCAUCCGUUUCCGGCUCUGGAACAGGUGGACGCCAGAUCCAGGACAGCGACUACGAAAUUAUUGUCGUGGAUGAGAACAAUCCGUCGGUGCUGGCGGAUAAUGAUUCGCAUUCGAGUGGACCGCCAUCGAUUAAGGCCAACAACCAGACAACAACAACAACUAAAACAACAACAGCCCAUAAUAUUAACAACAACAACAACAACACUAAGACAACAACAACAACAACAAAAAGUACAACCAUUCCGACAGCAGCAGCCGCUGCAACAACAACAACAACAACAACAAUUAAAAUUCAACAACAACCAUUGUCACCACCAAAGCCAACGGUGCCACAGAAAUUACCAAAGAGUGUCGACUCGGACGUGGGCUCCCUGAACAUGAACUCAACCGAGAACGAAGUUCCCGAGGUGGAGUCCUCCAGCGAGAUCCUGAUCGAUGACCACCACAAGCCCAGCCACUCGAACGACGAGAGCUGGACGGAUGUGAAUCUGAACGAGGAUGCCGCCGUGCAGGCGGCCAGCGCUGGCAUGGUGGUGGGACUCGUCGACGGUGGGGACAAGCACGAACCCUCCGCGGCCAACCAUCCACAUGGCUCGCAUGGACAGCAGGGAGGCGGCGGCGGCGGCGGCACAGGAGCAGGAGGACCUCAGCAGCAGCAGCAGCAACAUGGAUCGAUGGGUCAUGGGAUCAUGGGGGGAGAACGGGGCGACAAGCCCGACUCGGAGAUAUCUGUGGUGCGUGUGCCCGAUGGCUAUGGCAGUGGCACGACGGGGUCUGGCUCCGGGGCGCCCGUGGGACCCGGUCAGGGCGUCGGCGGCGGCCAACGGCCGCGGCCCGAGGAGCUGCCAAUGAAGGCGCCGGCACUCGUGGCCCAGCUGCCGCUGACGACGCCCUCCCGGGAGGCGAGUCUCACCCAGAAGCUGGAGAUCGCACUGGGACCGGUGUGUCCGCUGCUGCGCGAAAUAAUGGUGGACUUUGCCCCGUUCCUCUCGAAGACGCUGGUCGGCUCGCACGGCCAGGAGCUGCUGAUGGAGGGCAAGGGGCUGACCACGUUCAAGAACUCGCACUCGGUGGUGGAGCUGGUGAUGCUCCUCUGCUCGCAGGAGUGGCAGAACAGUCUGCAGAAGCAUGCCGGCCUCGCCUUCAUCGAGCUGAUCAACGAGGGCCGCCUCCUCUCGCACGCCAUGAAGGAUCACAUUGUGCGCGUGGCCAACGAGGCGGAGUUCAUCCUCAAUCGGAUGCGGGCCGACGAUGUCCUGAAGCACGCCGACUUCGAGUCGCAGUGCGCCCAGACGCUGCUGGAGCGGCGCGAGGAGGAGCGCAUGUGCGACCACCUCAUCACCGCCGCCCGUCGCCGCGACAAUGUCAUCGCCAGCCGCCUCCUGGAGAAGGUGCGCAACAUCAUGUGCAACCGCCACGGCGCCUGGGGCGAUGUCAGUGGUGUCGGCGUAGGCAUAGGCGGGGGUACAGUUGCUCUGCAGAAGGGUACCUACUGGAAGCUGGAUGCCUGGGAGGAUGAUGCCCGUCGGCGCAAGCGGAUGGUGCAGAAUCCACGCGGCUCCUCCCACCCGCAGGCCACGCUGAAGGCGGCCCUCGAGAACGGUGGUCCAGAGGACGCCAUCCUGCAGACGCGUGACGAAUUCCAUACCCAGAUCGCCGUCUCGCGGGCCCAUCCCUCGUCGCAGCACAAUGGGGAGCUGCUGGACGAUGCCGAGCUGCUGAUUGAGGACCGGGAACUGGAUCUGGAUCUCACGGGACCGGUGAAUAUCAGCACGAAGGCGCGCCUGAUUGCCCCCGGACUGGUGGCACCCGGCACCGUGUCCAUCACCAGCACGGAGAUGUUCUUCGAGGUGGACGAGGAGCAUCCGGAGUUCCAGAAGAUCGAUGGCGAGGUGCUCAAGUACUGCGACCAUCUGCACGGCAAGUGGUACUUCUCGGAGGUGCGUGCCAUCUUCUCGCGCCGCUACCUGCUGCAGAAUGUCGCCCUGGAGAUAUUCCUCGCCAGCCGCACCUCCAUCCUGUUCGCCUUUCCCGACCAGCACACCGUCAAGAAGGUGAUCAAGGCGCUGCCGCGUGUGGGCGUUGGCAUCAAGUACGGCAUACCGCAGACGCGUCGCGCCUCGAUGAUGUCGCCCCGGCAGCUGAUGCGCAACUCGAACAUGACCCAGAAGUGGCAGCGGCGCGAGAUAUCCAACUUUGAGUAUCUGAUGUUCCUCAACACGAUCGCGGGGCGGACGUACAACGACCUCAAUCAGUAUCCCAUAUUCCCCUGGGUGCUGACCAACUACGAGUCGAAGGAUCUGGACCUCAGCCUGCCAUCCAACUACAGGGAUCUGUCGAAGCCGAUUGGGGCACUGAAUCCGUCGCGUCGCGCCUACUUCGAGGAGCGGUACGAGAGCUGGGACAGCGACACCAUUCCGCCCUUCCACUACGGCACCCACUACUCGACGGCGGCCUUCACCCUCAACUGGCUGGUGCGCGUGGAGCCCUUCACGACCAUGUUCCUGGCGCUGCAGGGCGGCAAGUUCGACUAUCCGGACAGGCUGUUCUCGUCGGUGUCGCUGUCGUGGAAGAACUGCCAGCGGGACACGUCCGAUGUGAAGGAGCUGAUACCCGAAUGGUAUUUCCUGCCGGAGAUGUUCUACAAUGCCUCCGGCUACAGGCUGGGCCACCGCGAGGACGGUGCCCUGGUGGACGACAUCGAACUGCCGCCGUGGGCCAAGAGUCCCGAGGAGUUUGUGCGCAUCAAUCGCAUGGCCCUGGAGUCGGAGUUUGUCUCCUGCCAGCUGCACCAGUGGAUCGAUCUGAUAUUCGGCUACAAGCAGCGCGGACCGGAGGCCAUACGGGCCACCAAUGUCUUCUACUAUCUGACGUACGAGGGCAGCGUUGAUCUUGACGGCGUACUCGAUCCGGUGAUGCGCGAGGCGGUCGAGAAUCAGAUCCGCAACUUUGGCCAGACGCCCAGCCAGCUGCUAAUGGAGCCCCAUCCGCCGCGCAGCUCUGCCAUGCAUCUGUCCCCGAUGAUGUUCAGCGCCAUGCCCGAAGAUCUGUGCCAAAUGCUCAAGUUCUACCAGAACUCGCCCGUCAUUCACAUCUCGGCCAACACGUAUCCACAGCUGUCGCUGCCCUCCGUCGUCACGGUGACCGCCGGCCAUCAGUUUGCGGUCAAUCGCUGGAACUGCAACUACACCGCAUCCGUCCAGAGUCCCAGCUAUGCUGAGUCGCCCCAGUCGCCCGGUUCCAAUCAGCCGCUGACCAUCGAUCCGGUUUUGGCUGUCCAUGGAGCCAACAACAAUAGCAAUGCGGUGAGCCGCCGCCAUUUGGGCGACAACUUCAGCCAAAUGCUUAAGAUCCGCUCCAACUGCUUUGUGACCACGGUGGACAGCCGCUUCCUGAUUGCCUGCGGCUUCUGGGACAACAGUUUCCGCGUCUUUGCCACCGAAACGGCCAAAAUCGUGCAGAUCGUGUUCGGACACUUUGGGGUGGUCACCUGCAUGGCCCGCUCCGAGUGCAACAUCACAUCCGACUGCUACAUUGCCUCGGGAUCGGCGGACUGUACGGUGCUGCUGUGGCACUGGAAUGCCCGCACCCAGAGCAUUGUGGGCGAGGGCGAUGUGCCCACACCGCGGGCCACACUCACGGGUCACGAGCAGGCCGUCACCUCGGUGGUGAUUAGCGCCGAGCUGGGCCUAGUCGUCUCCGGUUCAUCCAAUGGUCCCGUGCUCAUACACACGACGUUCGGGGAUCUGCUGCGUUCGCUGGAUCCGCCAUCGGAGUUCCAUUCGCCGGAGCUGAUCACCAUGUCCCGGGAGGGCUUCAUUGUGAUCAACUACGACAAGGGCAAUGUGGCCGCCUACACCAUCAAUGGCAAGAAGCUGCGCCAUGAGACGCACAACGACAAUCUGCAGUGCAUGCUGCUGUCGCGCGAUGGCGAAUACCUGAUGACAGCCGGCGAUCGUGGCAUCGUGGAGGUGUGGCGCACCUUUAACCUAGCACCACUCUAUGCCUUCCCCGCAUGCAAUGCGGGCAUCCGAUCCCUGGCCUUGACACACGAUCAAAAAUACCUGCUGGCUGGACUCUCCACGGGCUCGAUCAUUGUAUUCCACAUCGACUUCAAUCGCUGGCACCACGAGUACCAGCAGCGCUACUAAUAAUCCCAAGCAGCCACUGACAUUCCAGCCCCUGGCGAACACACGACGAUCCCCGCUAAGGAGAAAUAAACUGAAA